AUGGUAGAGAUUAAUGCAGAUCCACAUAGUUCAGAUGAGACCGUAUCCAUUAGAGUGCUGACUGAAGUGGUGCCAGGUACCAGCAGUCCUCCGCGUCCUUCAUCUCCAACCGCACCGCCUCUGCCUGUCGCCAUCAAUCUCCUUCUUCACCUUCGUUCCUCCCUCUUCACUCUCCUGACCACCGCAACCGCGACCGAAGCCAUCAACAUAAUCAACCACACUCUCCUCCUCGCUGCGCCUCCCCCCCGGCUCCCACAUCCACGACGCACCUCCUCCACUACGCCAUCCCUCGGCCUCCGCGCGCCGGAGGCGGCGCAUGGCGACGCCGACCUCCGCGCCAUCCCAUUGCCGUCAUCCGGCCGCCGCUCCCCCUGCAACCUCCUCGUCUUCGGCCUCGGCUUCGAGACCCUCCUCUGGCGCUCCCUCAACCACGGCGGCCGCACCGUCUUCCUCGACGAGAGCGAGUACUACAUCAAGCACUUCGAGGACCGCCACCGCGGCCUCGAGGCCUACGACGUCAGCUACUCCACAACGGUCAGCGAGCUCGGCAACCUCUGUCCUCGGCGAGGUCCCAGAUUCAGCGGCGACUGCCGACCCGUCCAAACCUUCUGUUCUCGCGACUGCAAGCGCUGGGAUCAACGACCUGGCCGAACCAGCUGCUACGACGUGGCGUGGCACGUGAUCCUGGUGACGGGCCGAGAUGGGUACUCGCGCGGAGUCUCCGGGAGGAUGGCGGCGAUUUUCACGGCGGGGGUGAUGGCCAGGUCCAAGGUUGCGGCGAAGGGAACGGAUGUUAUGGUGCACGAUUUCGAGAGGAGGUGGAGAGGGUUUGCAGCGAGGAGAGUUCCUUUGCGGGGAGAAUUUGGUGGCCACCGUGGGCAGCUGGGUCAUUUUGUUAUUCACGGCGGUGAUGGAGGUGACGAGUUCUGUGUUAAUCCGGAGUGUCGGGUUGCCGCCGGGCGAUGGGGGUUUGUAGGGGGCGGGUAGGUGUAAAUUUGGGCAAGGCAUAGGCGGGGGAAAAAAGAGGAGGAAAACAAAAAAAUACUGUAUUUUCUUUCUUUCUUUUUUUUCUUUUUUUCUAUUUUUUUUCUUUUUUUUUUUGUGGGGACAGCUAGUUUUGGUUUGGAUAGAUGAAAAUGGCAGGAUAAUGGGAGUUUAUGAAUAGGGUGAUGACGGUAAUGAGAAGUGAAAGAUUGAGCGUGGUGCUUUUUGAAACAAA